AUGGUAAAUAUUGCAGGUGCUAUUCGAAUAAUUUCUAAAAGACUCGAAAUAUUUCACAAUGGUGAAUGGGGCACAGUUUGCGAUGACUUUUUUGAUGAUGUUGAUGCUCGUGUAGCUUGUAGACAACUUGGCUACAAUACUGGAUUUACCGUGGAGUCGGUCGAUGUAGAUGACGGUACUGGUGAGGUCUGGCUUGAUGAUAUGAAUUGCACUGGAAUAGAACGCGAAUUGUCUGAUUGUCCAAAUAAAGGAUGGGGUAUGGAAAACUGUGGGCACCACGAAGACAUAGGAAUUGAAUGUUUUGACUCACUCGUUGAUGGUCAUAUACGAUUAGUUUCUGGAGCUAUUAAUAUAGUUUACAACGGAACAUGGGGCACAGUUUGUGAUGACUAUUUUGACGAUGUUGAUGCCCAAGUAGCUUGUAGACAACUAGGCUACAAGUAA